AUGGCGAGGAAGAUUUUAACACUUCGCCAAAUAUUUGCUGUGUUUUUAGCACUCAUCGCAGACGCGUGCUUGGUUCACAACGCGGCGCAUGUGCUGAAUUCAGCGGGUUUGACGUCCGCGUGGAUGUUCGCUCUGCUCCGGUGUUGUUUGACGCUGGCCGCCGUCUACAUCAUCAGUCUCGGGGAGCUUUCCCCGGGGCCGACUCGCUUCAUAGCCGUGCACAGCUCUCUACCUGCCGUUCUGGUGAGCCUAACCUCCGCCCUCCGCCUCGGCGACCACCUGUGCGGCGCGGUGGGGGACACGCGCUGCUGGAUGAUGAGUGCCGGAGCUUCGCUGCUUGCCGCCUUGUUUUGGGAAGUCGGCGCACCAGACUCGAAUGGCCGGAAAGACGAGCAACAAAAGCACGGAGUUUUAUUCAUGAGGGUGGUUCGCAUGUACAAGCCGGACUGCGCUUUGCUGCUUGUAGGGUUUUUCUUUCUCACCCUGGCUGCAAUCUGUCAGAUUCAGAUCCAGUUUUACACAGGCAAGGUGAUUGACAACCUGCGUGACAGCUACGUACCAGACGAAUUCUUGUCAGCCCUGCUUCUCAUGGCAGUAUUCUCAGUGGGACGUUCGGUGGGCGCAGGAGGCAGAGGUGGUCUCCUUACGUGGGCCAUCAACUCCUUCAAUUGCAGAGUGAAAGGAAAUCUUUUCCAAGCCCAGACCAAACAGGAAAUUGAAUUUUUUGACACCACAAAGAUAGGUGAACUCACCUCCUUGCUAUCCAAAGACAUACCCCUGAUGGGUGAAACGGUGUGUCUGAACAUAAACGUUCUGUUGAGGACCCUCAUUAGGACGCUGUACACCAUGGUGCUUAUGUUGAACCUUUCAUGGACGCUGACAUUUUUAGUGCUCAUGGAAGUUCCCGUUACUGGCCUCAUACAGACCAUCAACAACAAACACAGUGGGCGGUUGGUGAAGGCGACGAAUGACUCGAUGACAGCUUCAAACGAAGCGGUCAGUGAAAUAAUCAUGGCUGUUCGGACGGUGCGGAGCUUUAACGCCGAGAAACAUGAAGCCUGUCGCUACAAGAAACGGUUGCUGGAGACACAUAGGCUCAAGAAACAGAAGGACAUGGUCUCGGUCGUGUCCCUUUUGGCACAAAGGCUGACAGGUGUGGCUGUUAAUGUGCUAAUGUUGUGGUAUGGAAGGCUAUUCAUCCAGAGAGGCCAAAUGACCACUGGUGAACUGGUCUCCUUCAUCAUCUACCAGUCAGACAUUGGACACAACAUCAGGACGCUGAUCUACAUGAGUGGCCACAUGUUGACCUCAGUGGGCGCCGCUGGUAAAGUCUUUGAAGUUCUGGAUCGCCAACCUCAGAUUAAGACCGACGGGAAACACGCACCUGAUCGGCUUGCAGGACAUGUUCUCUUCCAAAAUCUUAACUUCGCCUACCCGGCACACCCCGAUGCAGAAGUACUGCAGGACUUCUCUUUGGAGCUGCCAGUGGGCCAGAUGACAGCGUUGAUUGGUGUGUCUGGAGAGGGAAAAAGCACAUGUGCCAGUCUGCUGAAGCGCUUGUACGAGCCCCAGAAUGGACAAAUCUUACUGGACAACACCAAGCUGGAAUUGUACGACUACCGCUAUCUAAGCGAGAAGAUUGCUGUCGUCAGCCAAGAACCAGUGCUUUUCUCCGGUUCCAUCAGACACAACAUCACCUAUGGGCUGAAGGACUGCUCUUUGGAUGCCAUCCAGGAAGCGGCGCACCAGGCUGAUGCUCAUGACUUCAUCACGCAGCUGGAGAAAAGCUACGAUACUGAGGUCAGCGAGGGGGGAAACACACUAUCCAAGAGCGAGCGGCAACGUGUGGCCAUCGCUCGAGCGCUGGUCAGACAUCCGCAGGUUCUCAUCCUGGAUGAAGUAACCAGCUCCCUGGAUGACCACUGUGAAACCAAGGUCCUGCGGAAUCUGUCAAGCCAUCCUGACCGAACCGUGUUGCUGAUCACGCACCGACUUAAGACCAUUGAGAGGGCCCAGCAGAUUGCAGUAAUGGCGCGUGGGGGCAUUCAGGAAAAAGGGACCCACCGCCAGCUAAUGGACAAGAAUGGACUUUACUGUACUAUGAGAGAGAAGUUUGCCACCUCAGGAAGCUAA